UUCAGCUUUCUUUGACAACAAAAGGAUAGCUCGAUGUCAGGAACCUUGACCCUAGAUGUGUUCAGUCGUCAGGUCCUCAUUUUGUACUUAGUCUGUGCAAGGCUUAAAUGUGUUUCAGAUGACGUCCCAACAUGGUAUGACCCAACAAGAGUAGAGUGUGUGUGUGUUACGAGGUCCUCAUAUUGUUGGGUAGCAGAUAUUUUAGUUUUAACUAUUUCUAUAGAUCCUUACAUAAAAACGCCCAGAUCCACGUUUGAAUUAUUUUCCUUGCAACUGUGGUCCCUACAUGCAUAGUCAAUGCAGCAAAGUAUAAUAUAUCCUAAUUCCACGUUUAAGUCCUGUGUUUAUACAAAAUAAUAUUUAUUGUUCAUCAUUUCAUUCAAGGCAAGCAAGUCCUCUGGAACUGUCCCCUUCCACCAGUGUCCUACUGCAGAGCAGGUAAGAACGCUGCAUUCUGGUCAUAAGUUCAAAUAGUUCAUAUUUUCACACCUUGGGGUAAUUAUGAUGUGAGGAAACAUUCUAGAGUUUCAAGUAAGUAUUUUCCUUUUGAUUUGUAAAGCUUAGAAAAAUCUGCCGUCUAAAAAAUCUGAAGCGCCAUCAUGGUCGUUGUGAAGAUCGUUACCAGGAGGCUCAAAAAGAGAUAGCCAAGAGAUCUUUGAUUCAGGUCACCAGAAUUAAUUAUUCGACCUCCACUGACUUAUUUGAGGAAUCUUCGGAUGCUACGGACUUUGAUGAUGCUGACUAUGUUCCAGCCUCAUGUGGCAAUUCCUCGGAUGCUUCAAUUAUAAGUACUGCUAGUCAAGAACUCAAAAUCAUGAAGGGGGAUGGUGCCACCAGUUCAGAGGUACCUAGAACAUUGAGUUCUUCAAAGAUGAGCAGCAAUCAUUGUGCUUCAGUGAUAAGCUGCAGUGCCAAUUCAUUAAAGAAACCAUCACAGCAGAAAAGCUCCAUAAAUGUCACACCAUUGCCAAUAAAAGCAAAAGGAAGCAAGUACAACAAGAAGCAAUUUUGUCUUUAUUGUAAAAAGGCCAUUUCUAAAUUGGCAAGACAUCUUGAAUCCGUGCACAGUGAAGAGCCUGAUGUUGCAAUGGCUUUCAGUUUUGAUAAAAGAUCCCGCAAAAGAAGCGAGUUGUUACGCUCUAUUAAGAAGAGAGGAAACUUUGACCAUAAUGCUGAAGUGGCAAGCUGUGGCACUGGAGAGAUGGUUGCUUGUAGAAGACCCAGUACUGCAAAACAAUCUGAUGACUUCCGUCACUGCAAAUUUUGCGAAGGACUGUAUGCAAGAAACUCUUUAUGGAGACAUGUGAGAAACUGCCCGAAAAAGACUGUUGAGGAAGAGCCUCAAGUUGGCCGAAAAAGGAUUCAAAUGCACUUACCAAGACCUGACUCAGUUAAGGAAACUGUUUGGAAGAUUGCUUGUGAAAUGAACCAGGAUGACGUUUCUUCGGUUGUAAGGAGUGAAACUGUGAUCCUUUGUAUCGGCGAGUCACUGUUCAAUUCCAGGAAACCGUAUGAAAGAAGGAAUGACUACAUACGCCAAAAAAUGAGAGAGAUGGCAAGACUAUUGAUAACGGCAAGAGCUAUAACACCUUUGAAGAGCACCGAAGACCUUGUUAUGCCUUGUAACUUUCCGCAUGUGAUACAGGCAGUUAGAUCUGUUGCUGGUUAUGAUGUCGAAAGCAACUCAUAUAAAAUCCCAUCAUUGGCUUUGAAAUUGGGACACAGUUUAGCCAAAGUUGCAGGCAUUGUGCAAUGCAAUGCCAUCAUUGCAAAUCGCCCUGCCGUUGCGGAGUCUGCAAAGCAAUUUGCCACUCUACAUCAGAAAAAGUGGACAGAGUCCAUUUCUGCUGCCGCAUUGGGAACACUUCAACAAGCCAAAUGGAAUAAACCACAGGUUUUACCCUUUACAGAGGAUGUGUCGGUGCUGCACAAGUUUCUUGCUGCUGAGCGUGUUAAGCGCAUGAAGGACCUUGAGGAAGAACCCAACAGCAAAAGCUUUGGAAAUCUUGCUAAAGUGACUUUGACGCAGGUAGUACUAUUUAACAGAAGGCGGGAAGGUGAAGUUUCAAAAAUGGAGCUUCAGACUUUCACAUCCAGGGAUCGUACAGAGCUGAAUCCAGACAUUGUGAGGGGCCUUACCGACUUCGAGAAGAAGCUUGCAGAGCACUUUGAGAGAGUUGAGAUUCGUGGUAAAAGGUCAAGAAAGGUUCCAGUGCUUCUAACCCCCGACAUGAUCGCUGCUAUGGACCUCCUAAUGAAAAGCAGGAAAGAGUGUCAAGUCCACAAAGAAAAUGUGUACAUGUUUGCACGGCCAGGUGUCCUUUCCCAUUACAGAGGCUCUGACUGCUUUCGUAAGUAUGCAAAGCAAUGUGGUGCAAAGAACCCAGAGGCUCUCACCUCAACAAGAUUGCGGAAACAAGUGGCCACUUUGUCCACACUACUAAAUCUCAAAGAAAAUGAAAUGGAUCAACUUGCCACCUUUCUAGGACACGACAUCCGUGUCCAUAGAGAAUUCUAUCGGCUUCCAGAGAGUACCCUUCAGCUCGCAAAAGUCAGCAAACUCCUGAUAUCACUCGAAAAAGGAAGACUGCCUUACCUGCAGGGGAAAGGGCUGGAUGACAUUGAGGUCAAUCCUGAAGGUAACAUUUUAUUUGAAAUAUAGUUUUUAACCACUUCAAAUAUAACUAUUAUAAGUGUUCUUAGUCCUUAAUUUAAAUGAUUUGCCUGAACUGUUUUUUACCCAACCAGAUGAAGUAGAAAUGAGUGAUGAUUCCAGCGAAGAAAACGUUGCUGACCUACAUCAAUGCAAAGGCUCAAUAACUGAGACUGCUAGCGACCAGACACUUCUGAGGCACACUCCUGAGUCAACCAGCCUGGACAACAUGGAGGGCAUUUCCGAGUCAACCACCCUGGACAACAUGGAGGGUACUUCCGAGUCAACCACCCUGGACAAUAUGGAGGGCACAUCUGAGUCAAUCACCCUGGACAACAUGGAGGCCACUUCCGAGUCAACCAGCCUGGACAACAUGGAGGGCACUCCUGAAUCAACCACCUUGGAUGACGUAAACAUGAGUCACAAAAUAGUCACAUCCCAAGCUUCUUCAAAGGGCUCCAAAAGAAAGCAAGCUGUGAAGGUGAGAAGCAAGUGGACCGGUGAGGAAGUGAAGGCUGUUGAGCGCCAUUUGCUUAACUUCAUUACAAGCUGCAGAAUACCUGGCAAAAAGGACUGUGACUCCUGCCUCCAGGCAGAGCCAGUAGCUCUGAAAGACCGAGACUGGGUUGCCAUCAAGUACUACGUACACAACAGAAACGUAGCAUUAAAAAGGAAGAUGACUAGGUAGAUCCAU